UGGCCGCUAAACAUUGCAGUGAUUCAGCCGGGCUUCCCAGGCCAUGGCUCGUGCAGCGAGGCGCAGCGCUGACACUGAGUCGCUUCCUGGGGUGAAGCUUUUCGUGGCUUCCACGGGCUGGCCGUACAAACCGACGCAUUCGCCAAAAUCACCUUUGUUGGUGCUCGCCGUUGCGGAAGGAGAGCCGUAUUUGUCGAGCUACGGCCAUGUGUGCCGGAGGCACGGGGACUUUGUUUGCAAGGUGGCCAAACCGGAUCAUGACAACAUCUUCCUGAUCGACUUGUCGCAGGUGGGGACGUCCGAGGAGUGGAAAAUGGAGGCCAAGAAUCCAGGCAAGUCAACAAAGAUGCUGGUGAAAUGGUUUGCAAAGUUCAACUGCGUGAACGCAGCAGUCGUGGUCCAUGGUGACUAUUCGGGAUUGGUUGCAAACCUGCUGGAGUCUCCCUUGGUAGGUGCCUCAAAACUUGCAAAAGUGUUCCUGCUCUCUCGCGCCGGCGCGCCGGUGCCACGGAAGCUGGUUGAGAGGUUAAGUUGCGCGGAAGUUCAGAUGAUGGAGCCCACCCCAGAUGCAGUGGCCAGAGCAUGGCGGGGGGCCAAUGAAGAUUACAUAGAACCCGCUCUGGAGCAGCUGUAUUUCAUGUCGGUUGAUUUUGUUUUGGAUCCUCGGACCAAGCAGUUGGCGCAGAAGGCCAAGAACAUAACUUCCAUGGUUACAAUGCCCAUUAGUGACAUAAGUUUGCAGGCAACAGCGCCCAAGGCGGAAGGAGCUACUUUCGAGGCAGGCAAGAUUCUGUUUUGAGCUUCUGUUUUGGGACCUCGAGGACCAGGGAGAUGUGUUGUUUAAAUUGGGUUGGGCCUCAUGCCCCUCAACUGAGUAAUUGGGUUUGUUUUGCCCCAACCAUGACGUUGAGCUCUGAAGGUGAAGGGCCCGGUUGGCGCAGCAGUACAGAACGUGCAGACGCACCAUUUGAGAUUGGGAAUGGCAUUCUCUGGUUUGGUUGUGCAAGUCCUGGCCGUGAUUUCAACUGGGCCCACAGCGCGCAUGAUGCUGGCAGACACGGUUGGUUGUGUAGAAGCCUUCGUGCCAAAGGACGUGCAAGCUCAGAUGCGCCAAGGGUGUUCCGUUUCUUUGGACGGAUGGGUCACCAGUGUGGACGGCCAUGUCUUCAUUGUGGUGACCAAAGCCACUGCUGGAGAACUCAGGGAAGGUUAUGGAACUGCUCAGCCAGGUCUCCGAAACACGACUGAAAGAACUCGGCGCUUUGGAGUGUUGUUGCUGCGUGGGUCCAAGUGCGUGCUGUCCCGCAAAGGCGCUAUUGUUUCAGUGCCUUGUGGAGAAGCGAAGAGCUUUGAGACUGCAGAGCAAGCUGCGACGCAUGCCGUUUGCGUGGCAUGUGACAUCUACCCAGAUGAGUUUGUGAUUCUUCGGGAUGUCGCCCCAGCCGUAGUGUACGACAAAAGCGACGGACCCGGUGCGAUUGUAACAAUCUUUGCCGCCGUGGCCACCAAUCCCCCUCCUCCAGGCAGCGAGGAGUCCGAGUCCGAAGAUGAAGACGACCUCUAUGAUUGGUUUUCCUUUGGGCGGGCCAUGUCUCGCUUGAACCAUGCCCAUGAGAAGAAAGCGGUAGCUGCCAUUGCAGAAGUUGUAGCAGAAGCGGUUCGUGAAGGAAUAGUUCUCCCGGACUACCCGCUGACAUUUGGUUGCGCCCCGGCCGAGGUCACCACCCUGGCGCCUGCAGCCUUUCCAAUGGAACCGAUGGAACCGAUGGACUUGGUCCCUGUGACUGUGCUCAGCGGUUUUCUGGGUGCUGGCAAAACUACUUUGCUUACCCACAUCCUAAAAAACGUGGAAGGUAUAAAGGUUGCGGUCAUCGUGAACGACAUGGCAGCGGUGAAUAUUGAUUCUCAGUUUGUGGUGGCGGCAGACGUGCAACAGAAGAUUGAGAAAGUUGUUGAAAUGAGUAAUGGAUGCAUUUGUUGCACGCUCCGUGAGGAUCUGUUGAGCGGGAUUGUUGAGCUCACGCAGCAGAAGAAGUAUGACUACAUCAUUGUAGAAUCUUCUGGUAUUUCGGAGCCCCUCCCUGUUGCGGAGACAUUCACCUUCGAUGACAAGUCGAGCGGGCUCUUGUUGAAGGAUGUGGCCCGUUUGGACACCAUGGUGACAGUUGUAGACGGCGCCAACCUCUUCUCCAAUCUAGAAUCCUUGGAGACGACCAAGUCUAGUGGCCAAGCAGCCUAUGAGGAUGAUGAGCGACACUUGGCGCAGCUCUUGGUUGACCAAAUCGAGUUUGCCAACGUCAUCCUUGUCAACAAAUGCGACCUCCUAUCUCUGGAGCAAGUUGCGGAGGUCAAGGCAGUGAUCUCCCGGAUGAACUCUGAGGCCGCUGUUUUUGAGACCACUCGCUCAAACGUCAGCCUCUCAGCUGUGUUGAACACGAAGCGCUUCACCAUGGAUGGUGCAGAGAAGCACGACAUGUGGCUGAAGGAAGCCCGCAUUGGUGAGCACAAGCCAGAGACAGCUGAGUUUGGCAUCCGGCAUUUCAUCUACAAGCGGCACAAGCCAUUCCACCCAGGCCGCUUUGCAAAGUUGGUGAACGCUCCCGAGGCACUUCCGGACGUGCUGCGGGCCAAGGGGUACGCAUGGAUCGCCAGCAAAGGAGGCUAUGAGUUUGUGUCCAUUUUUGAGGCAGUGGGUUUCUUGCGGAACCUUCGACAGGGACAGCCCUGGUGGGCAGCUCUGGAGAAAGAUCUGUGGCCUGAUGGUUUGUGGGAAGACUUGAAGCCUUUGUGGACUGACCCGCAUGGAGAUCGAGCCCAGGAAAUCGUGUUCAUUGGCAGAUUCCAAGAUCCCUCUACCAUCGAAGCUUUGCUGGAUCUUUGCCUCCUCACGGACAAGGAGAUGGCUUUGGAGACUUGGAACUUUGAAGGCCAUGAUCAGUUGCCAUGGCAGUUGGGAGAGGAUCAACGCCCACAUGAGGGACAUCUUGCAAGUGGCCCUUGCCCAGCGCCGGCUGCAUGAUUUUUGUCUAGGCAUAGAGGUUGGCGGGUGUGCUUCAAUAGUGUUGGGCCCAGCGCAAUCAUGUAAAGAUGGGACGGCAGAAUACUGGCUUGAGGCCACCACUUCGGCAGCACACCUGUACCUCGUUGUGUGCCUUUUCAUGGAAGGUUUGAAGAAUUCGACCUGGAGCCACUGGCCGCACUGCAUCUUCCAGUGCGACACGAGGGUAGUGAUUUCAUUCCAAGCUUCAUAGUGCUGCAAAGGAAGUUCCCUUGGCACGUUCAUGUGCUUGGGACUGACAGCCACGAGGCCAGUUAUGUAGAGGGGCGCAAUGGUUCGAAACUUUUAUCUUCACCGAGCCGAAGAAAAGC